CCGGACAUGGCGAGACGUUUAUCGUCGCUUCUGCUGUUUGCUCUUGCCUUGUUGAUUGCUUCUGUUGCUGACGCUGCCGUUGUGGAGCACACCUUCAAUGUGGGUAACCUCUCCAUUAGCCAGCUUUGCCAACCAGACAUGAUCAUCACGGCUGUGAAUGGCCAACUACCCGGCCCAACGAUCCAGGCCAGCGAGGGCGACACGGUGGUUGUACACCUUGUCAACGAGUCACCAUACAGAAUGACCAUCCACUGGCACGGCAUCUUCCAGCGCGGCACGCCAUGGGCGGACGGACCGACGAUGGUCACGCAGUGCCCUGUCCGGCAAGGGGGCAAUUACACCUACAGGUUCAACGUCACCGGACAGGAGGGCACGCUGUGGUGGCACGCCCACAUCUCCUUCCUCCGCGCCACCGUCUACGGCGCCCUCGUCAUCCUCCCUCGCGCCGGCGCCGGCGCCUACCCGUUCCCCAAGCCCGACAAGGAGGAGAUCCUCAUGUUCGGCGAGUGGUGGAACGCCAACGUCUAUGACCUGCAUGAAACGGCGUUCCUCACAGGACAGCCGGCGGGGCCGGCCAACGCCUACACAAUCAACGGCAAGCCGGGAGACUUGUACAACUGCUCAGCCCCAAACCAGACGCACAAGAUUGAGGUGCGGCAGAACGAGACUACUCUGCUCCGGAUCAUCAACGCUGCACUCAACACGCCCCUCUUCUUCAAGGUGAAGGACCACACCUUCACCGUCGUCGCGGCGGACGCGUGCUACACCACGCCGUACAAGACCGACGUGGUGGUGACCGCGCCCGGGCAGACCGUCGACGCGCUCGUGGUCGCGGACGCGGCGGCUGGACGAUACUACAUGGCGGUGUCGCCCUACGACAGCGCGAUACCUGGGAACCCGGCCUUCAGCAUGACCACCGGAACGGCCGUCCUAGAGUACGUCGGAGCCGGGAACGCCACCGUUCCGCCGGUCCUGCCGCCGCAGCCAGACUACAAUGACACGGCCACCGCGUACAAGUUCCUCUCUAACCUCACGGCGCUGGUGCUUCCGGGAAGGCCGACAGUGCCGCUCGACGUCGACACCCGCAUGUUCGUCACCGUCGGGCUCGGCGUCUCCGACUGCCAGCCGGAGCAGACGAUGUGCAACCGGAGCGAAGGCCCCGUCUUCUCGUCGAGCAUGAACAACGCCUCCUUCGUCCUCCCGAGAGCCACCUCCAUGCUCGAGGCACACUACGGGGGCGCAAGCGCCGGCGUCUACACCAGAGACUUCCCCGACCGGCCGCCGAUCGUCUUCGACUACACCUCCGCCGCGAGCGACAACGACACGAUGCAGUACACGGAAAAGUCGACCAAGGUGAAGACUCUCAAGUACAAUGCGACGGUGGAGAUGGUGCUGCAGAACACGGCGCUGAUCGCCAAGGAGAGCCACCCCAUGCAUCUCCACGGCUUCAACUUCUUCGUCCUCGCGCAGGGCUUCGGCAACUACAACGAGACGGCAGCGGUGUCGCAGUUCAAUCUCGUCAACCCACAGGAGCGGAACACCGUCGCCGUCCCUACCGGCGGCUGGGCCGUCAUCCGCUUCGUCGCAGACAACCCCGGGAUGUGGUACAUGCAUUGCCACUUCGACGCUCAUCUCGAUCUCGGGCUGGGCAUGGUGUUCGAGGUUCAGAACGGCACGACUGCGGAUACUUCCGUGCCGCCGCCGCCUAGAGACCUGCCGCUGUGCUGA